AUGGAAGGAUGUGGAUAUGGUUCUAUUCCCCAUAAACGUUGUUGGUGUCCAUUGGUUUUUGACAGUGCUACAUUUAAAUACCUGGAAAAGCUAGAUGUGACUGAGUACUGGAACGAUUUCCCCGAUGGACACAAAGACAAUGCAAUUGUGGAGUUUGUUGAAACUAUAGACGUGCCACAGCAGGAAUACAUCGAAGAUAGAGGGGAUUGUGGAGUAUUUGUAUGCAUCUUUAUGGAAAUGAUUGUUUUGGGGGUACCAGUGAGGAUUGAUAGGCCACGUAGAGAUGCGGGAUUUCUAUAUAUAAAUGGGAUGACAAAUAUUAUUUGGGACACUAUAUAA